AUAUCCAUAUACAUCCUUCGGACUCCGCCCAUUCGAAAAAAAACAUGUAAAUCUGCAAAUAGCGUAAUUAAAUCGUUCACCUUUUUAUUUCCACUCGACGCACACCCACCCGCACAACAUCAUCCUGCGCCCAUAGCACAGAACAGUCGAACGGCGGCCAAGAUGGACCACAACGAGAUUUCCAUGUGCAUGGACGUCAAGCUGGAUACACACGAUAAGCGCGCAAUGGCGCUGCGCUUUAAGACGUGGACUCGAUGCCAAGUGAAAAUCGAAGCCAUCAAGUGUGUGCCCUGCUUCCUGCGACUCACAUUUCAAGGAUCUGCGGAGGCAGAGGAGCCGCCGCCAACAUCUUCCAAGGCGCUGAGUGUCUCGGUAAAUGUGCCCGGGGUCAGCAUGAGCUUGGCCACAUCACGGACCAAGCAGCACUCGUACGGGCUGUUUUGGACCCAAAAUCGGCGCGAGUGCUUCAUUUACUUUGCCCUGGAAACGGAGAUGUCCUGUCGGCGCCACAUGAAGUGGAUGAAGAAGUCCAUCAAGAAUCUGGAGCUGUAUAGACAGGUUUUUCUGGAGCAGCGCCGCCUAAGUAGAGGACCUGGCGCGCUGGGGCCUCUGCCGAAUCUGCCAGAUACUUUGGACAUCAGCCAUUUCUCGGCGCGUGUCUCGCAGAUCUAUGAGGAAAUCUUUGACGGCAGCCGAAUAUCGCGCGCCUCCAUUGCCUCGGGCAUAUAUGAGGAGAUGAAACCAGCUGUAAUGGAGACGCCUUCGCCGCCUCCCCUACCCACACAUCCAUAUCGUAAACGCAUUAACACCUUUGAGUGCUCUCCAUUGGGCGAUAUUCCUCGAUCCUGCACCAAUCCCGAGGUGGAGCUGGCCAAGAAGAAGAAAUACAAGAAUAUGCUGGAUAACUUCUUCGGGAGCACGCGUCAGAAGCGCUCGGGCAGUAUUAGUGAGCCCGUCCAGCAGCCGAAGGACGACCAGCUGCCCCUCUACGAGAACGCACCGACUCCAGAGAUGGCUCUGCCCUUGAAGCGCACGUCGCAGCUGAACAAAUCGCAGCGUAAUAGCUUCUCAAGUCCCGACCUGUCCAAGCUCAACUUUCUGGACACCUUUGGGGAGGACAUUUUCACGCAAAGCCACGAGUCGAGCGUUGAGCUGAACAUCAGCCUGGAUGACUCGGCCAUUGAACCAAUCUCACGGGAUCAGUUGGUUGCCCAGAUCACGAGGCAGCUAAGCAAGUCCGGCUCCCUGGAGAGCUUAAAUGUAUCGGAGCAGCUGCCGAAUAACUUUAACUUUUCCGCAUGUAAUUCAUCGACCAUUAAUCUGAUCGGCUCCCAUGGUGCAGUGCCGCACAGCAAUCAGGUGAAGAGAAAUAAGAUUCUGGUGGACGAUCUGACCGGAUACUGUGUGAUGGCGCCCAUUGUGAAGAUUGUAGAAAAGGAGGUGCUGCCGCAGCCAACUGGAAGCACCGCCUCCACUUCGUCUGGAUAUUCUACAGGCUCUUACUGUUCCUCCACCAGCAGCUGCAACACGGAGGACCAACCCACCAAGACAUUGGUAGCGCCCGCUGCCAAUGAGAGUGACAUUUACGAGGCCAUGCAUGGCAGCUCCUUGAACAGCACCACAGCAGCAGCUGCGUCCGGUUUUGCCGAGCAUUUGUAUGAGAAUCUCUUGGCUGUCAAGGCCGCCCAGGAGCUGGAGGCGCAACCUCACGGCAUGGGCCUCAGCACCAGCACACCCACCGAAUCUCCUUUGCCGGCCUUGCCGCAAAAGGGUACGCCCAAGGAGAAGCACAGCUAUCAGGAGGAGGAGGAGGAGGACUACUACCAGACGCCCAGGAAGUCCAUCAUAAGCGUAGACGACAAGGUGCCCUCCUACUAUCCAAACAGUUGCGAUACUCUCAAAUCCAAGCGACGAAGUCCCACCGAACAUGGACCAAGUCUGAGGCACCUCGUUAGUUCCAAGCUGCGCCGCGAACGCAAGGAGAAUCUCUAUAUAUCGUCGCCACAGCAAAUCAUCGAGCAGCGACAGAAGACCAACAACCCAUCCGCAUCAGCAGCAUCAUCAGCAACAGCAUCAUCAACCACCAAGACUAAAAUCUCAACGAAGAAGACUGCCGCCCACAAGAUCUCCGAGGGUGUCUAUGCCGUGACUCAUCCGGUCAAGCGCCCCAAUAGCACAAACAGCAACCACCACAAUAACAAUAAUAUCGAAGGAAUAGAGGAGGAGCUCUUGCACCUAACCAUGCUCAAGAAUAUUGAUUUCAAAUUCGAUGACGGGCAGGCCACUGAGGAGAAAUCGCAGACACAGCCAAGAUGCCCCACCAUGAACGGGAGCAUUGUCCAGUCAAAGCUGGAGGAUGAGUACGAGAACCACUAUCAGGCGGCCGAGCAGGCAACACGGUUGCUCCAGAAGUAUGCCACGCUGGCGAAGUUUGGCAAUUCCCCGAGCAAGAGCAAGCCAGUGGCCCAUCUGCAGCUGCCCAUGACUCAGUCGGUGGCCACGUCCCAUGAACUCCAACCGUCUGGGGGCAGCAUGAAAAAGUUUGCCUCGCUGCCCCGCUUCAAGAGAAUUGACUUUUCGCCGCUGAAAAUGCGUCUGAACAAUGUCUUGCAGCGGAAUUCUCCGUCGCCGCAGCCGUAGGAGUUAUAAUUUUAGCAAGGACGGAUUUCGCAGGGACACCUACUGAAAGCACGCCUUUUAAUUGUUUUAAGUAUCGCUUAAUUUAUGUUAUAGAUUCUCUUGUGAUUGUGAUCUCUCCAGCUGUUUGUGUUGUUUAAUGAUGAGAGCUGAUUUCAUCAGCUUCAUAUUAUUUUAUCCAUGUAUGUAAUACGCUUUCCAACGAUGCACUUAGUCUCUAUAUAGCCUUAUAUGUUGAUCCAGCUUUGUCAUAAGUACUCUAAACGAAUCAUAUCCAGUUCCAUUUAAGGAGCGCUCCUAGUAUUACUGUUGUGAAUUGAAUUGAAUUGAAUUGAUGAUGAACGUCGUCUCUACCCUACCCUCUACCCUACGAUUUAUACAUACCCACACGAAUAUGCUCAAUUAUGGAAAAUUUACAGAAACGCUUUUAUAAGAAUUAUACAAAAUCGAUAUUGUUGA